UAAGGAGUUCCCUUACAAGGAAAUUUACACAGACUCAAAAACAGUCAUAGGAUAAAAACUUUUUUUUUUUUUUUCAAAACUAGCUAGAUUGUCAUAAAUACCACAUUUCUUGUGUAAAUGCUCCUGCGAACAAUUUAUGAGAAAAAAUUGCUAGUAUCCAGCUUGAUAACUGAUGAAGUUCAGCCUACAUUUUAUUAGGGAACAUAUCUUAUUUGCAGUAGGACUUAUCUCUUGAAUUUACCGUAUUUAAACUAGAAGAAAUUCAAAUCUGAGAUGUUCAAUAUGUCAAAGGUAAGUAUUCCUCAACAAUAUUUUUUUUUUAAAAAAAGGCCUAAUGUGAACCAAUUUGGGAAAAGCACAUUUUUGCAAACAGGACAACCUGUAGUUCCAUUUUGAAGAUACGGAUGCAAGGAAUUACCUCACAUGGUCUGUUUCAGUGCUUUAAAAUUGAAAACAUUAGUCCUAAUGAACACUGUUCUGUGAAAUAUAAGGCCUCUCACAAAUUAUUAGUGAGACUAUCAUGCACUGUUUGGGGGAAAAAAAUACAUACAAUUCUCAAAAUGGCUUCCACGUUAGAAUAAAAUGGAAAUGAGGAUUUGCAUGGAAGACUCACAUGAAGGCCAUGCCCUUAAUAAUCCCUGCGAUAAUUACUGAGCACCAUUCACUGCACAGUAUGUGUGAGAACUGUCUUUUAUAACAGAAGCAUAGUCCUGGAGGCUUUCCUGGUCUGAAGAUUACUACUUGUUCCUGCAUGUUCAGACUACACAUAGAGUCUUACAUUCUACAUAGACUAUUUUUACAAAUGGGCCUUUUAUAUAGUCUCAAGUAAUUCAUUACAUUAUAGUGAAAGGACACACAAGCUGUACUCAAGAAGGCUUUGAAAAUCAAAGGUUUUCAAUUGUUGGGCCUUCAAAAAACGAACAAGAUUGUGUGUAAAACGCCUUGUAUGUCCUAUGAGCGCUCCUAUUGUGUGGGCUACCUCAGAGUUCUGGCUAAAAACUAGGACUUCUGGAGAGGAGAAUCAUCUGAAUUACUAAGUAACCCUUUGCAAAAGAGUGUGACGGGUGGCUGAAUGUGUGGAGUGUGCAUGUUUUAUUUCUUAAUAGGGAUCAAAUAACUUCAAAAUGAUAGGAAUAUGUGACAGUUUUGACCCUGUUGGUACAUUUGGUUGGAAAAUUGCUGGGUUUUUUAUUUUUAUUUUAAUUUUAUUUAUUUUUUAUUUUUUUUUACUUUUUUCUUUUCUUUGACAAACACUGCAGGUUUUGUUUUGAAAAAAAGAGAUAAAAGAUUUCUUCUGAGUUACUAAAAUUAGGGUUAAGGGUAAGUAUAGGCAUAGCAUAAAUUUAGCUACUGUAACACACAAGCGAGUGGAAAUACCCUACAAAGAAAUUACAAACGUCUUUGUGUAUGUGUGUGUGUGUGUGUGUGUGUGAGAGAGAGAGAGAGAGAGAGAGAGAGAGAGAGAGGUCUCUGUGGUCUCUGUGAGAGAGAGAGGUCUGUGUGUGUGUGUGUGUGAGAGAGAGAGAGAGAGAGAGAGGGGCAGUCCUUUCUGCCGCGGACCUGUCGCACAAGGUUUAGCAUAAAGUCAGUUCCUCUCUGCGUGUGGGGAUCGAGCCUUCACUUUUUCCGGCACACUUCAUGACAGACACAUGUCAGAUAAGGAAACGUGAGCUUUCUCAUCUUUUGUGCAGUCCAGGGAACUUUCUACAUGACGGUUGAUCGGUACAUCAUUUCAGGACAGCAGCUCAGCCACAGCAAAGUUGUAUUUUUCGGGGAUUACUUCAACCAAAGAGGUAUUUAACAGCCUGUGGGUCGGGGGGAUGGAGUUUAAUCUGCUGGCGGACGCCGAGGCCCGCAGCCCCGCAUUGUCUCUUUCCGACUCCGGCACACCGCAACACGACGCGGCGUGUAAAGGCCAGGACAACAGCGACACAGAGAAGUCCCAUCAGAAUCAGACAGAUGAAUCAAACCCUGAGGAUGGGUCUCUGAAGAAGAAGCAGCGCAGGCAGAGGACACAUUUCACUAGCCAGCAACUACAAGAACUGGAGGCCACCUUCCAGAGAAACCGCUACCCAGACAUGAGCACGCGAGAGGAAAUCGCCGUAUGGACAAAUCUCACAGAAGCACGAGUGAGGGUAUGGUUUAAAAACCGUCGUGCCAAGUGGAGAAAGAGAGAAAGGAACCAGCAGGCUGAGCUGUGUAAGAAUGGCUUUGGUGCCCAGUUUAACGGACUCAUGCAGCCAUAUGAUGAUAUGUACUCUGGCUAUUCAUACAACAACUGGGCCACCAAGAGCUUGGCUAGCAGCCCCCUAUCAGCCAAAAGCUUCCCUUUCUUUAACUCUAUGAAUGUUAGCCCCCUGUCGUCGCAGCCCAUGUUCUCCCCACCUAACUCCAUCCCCUCCAUGAACAUGGCUUCCUCCAUGGUGCCCUCAGCAGUGACAGGGGUGCCGGGAUCAGGCCUGAAUAACCUGGGCAACUUGAACAAUCUGAACAGCCCUACGCUCAACACAGUGGCAGUGUCAGCGGCCACCUGCCCCUACGCCACUUCGGCCAGCCCCUACAUGUACAGAGACACUUGUAACUCCAGCCUGGCUAGUCUACGGCUGAAAGCCAAACAACACACCAACUUUGCAUACCCGGCUGUGCAAAACCCUGUAUCUAACUUAAGCCCCUGCCAGUAUGCAGUAGAUCGGCCUGUAUGAAUCUCUUCUGCUCAUGUGAGAAAAUCCCCAUCCUGUCCUUAAACCCACUACUGAUCUAAUCUGCCAUUUCAUUCUAAGGCAUCAACCAGCAAUAUGGACUGGCUGCAAACAUGCAACUUUUGAAAAUGACUGAAACCAUAGGAAUAAGAUUCAUGAGGAAAUAAAAGAAAAAUUAACUCAAAAUGGACCAUGACUCAAAAGGACUUGAUCAUGACACUUGGCUUUUGAACUGACCAAGUGGAUUUCUAAACUUUUCUCUCCAGCAUGACUAGAGUGAAUUACGAAGACGAGGAUUGAAUGCUUUUUACUGCAUUGGUAGCAAAGCCUUGCAAGGAAAAGUGUCCAAAAUAUAUUCGCUACGAGCCCACAAUGAGGCACAUGUGUCUGCAAUACAGGCAAAAGUAUGUACAUAAUGGCUUUCUGUUUUGUAUGUGACAAAAAUAUCUAUGAAAUGUAGUAUUUUAAAGAAUGAUUUAAGCAUGUUCCUCAAGAGCAGAACCUGGAUAAAUAUGGAUUUUAAAGGAAUUUUAAUCUUUGUUGUGAAUUCCAUUCACCUAGGGUAAGAGGUCAUGUCAAAGGUUGCUGUCAGACGAAGAAUUAGCAUUGAGUAGUUUGAGAGAAAGACAAAUAAGUUCAAGCGUAAAAAUAAGUUCCAGCUCUGCUGAAACAUAGAACAUUCAAGGUUAAAAAAAAAAAGUAACUAAAAAGCCAUUGAAUAUAGUUUUGUGUGGUGUUCUAAAAAGGGAGUCUAUGACUGUAAAAUAAUGUAUGUAAGAGUGCAGUUGUUGAAAAAAACUUUUCUGGUGUAGCCUGAUUUGUCUCAUUAAAAUGAAAAUAAAGAAUUAUUUGUUUUAAUGAG